AUGAGCUACAAGCGAAUGGAUUGGCAGUCAGCACAUACGGCUCUAAAGCCACUUGGGAUUGAGGUAGCUAAAAUCAAUGAGGCGAUUAAAGAAUUGCUAGAGGUGCUGCGUAAGGAGGGGAAGGAAAAUCCAUGGGCGUUGAUAUGUGCAAAUAAUUUUGAAAGGUUAGCUGAGAAACUCUUUCCAAGUGUGCUGACUGAACGUGUUAUCGGGGAGAAAUCAGUACCUGAACGUGAACCAACACCGGAAGCACCACCUUCAACAGAGAUUCUUGUGGAUCUUGAAAACGGAGGACUUCCUGCUGGAAUUUUACCUUGUGAAGCUUUCAUGAACACUAGACGUCACAUCUAUGGACUCAAUAGCUCGCUUGUGCACACCAUAAGGGUUUACUACUGUACAAGAGCUGGGUUUACUGAGCGUUUCUUAUCAUCAUUCAGAGACGUUGAUGGCUUACAACUCGUUGAAGUCCCUCCUAACUCAGCGGGAAAGGGCGAUGAUGCAGACCUUAAGCUGAAAUAUGACAUGUUAUUCCAUGAGCUAGCUCAUCCUCCUCCGGCGCCUCUUUGCCUAAUCUCGUCCGAUAAAGAUUAUGUGGAAACAAUCAAGAAAAUGAUGGAUAAUAACUACGAAAUUCUACUCGGUCAUGACCCUUCGAAUUCAAGCUCUGAGGUUACAAAUGUGGCCGUGGCGUAUAAAUUUCCUUUUCCAACUGUAUAUAGAACUGUUCUUCCCGCUGGUGCCAUGCCUCCUAACUUGGGCGUUUCUCCUCCGAGGAGAGCACUCCCUCCACUUCCUCUUGAAAAGACGAACUUAAAACUAAAGGUUUUGUUUGAUGUCGCAAGUACCUUGGACGACGACAAAAGAAAAAAAAAGCUAAAGGUGUUUCCAACCGGUCUAACGCCCAAGGUAAUCAGAUUUGUUACAGAGAGAUUAAUAACAGAUGAAGGAUAUGGAGGGAUUUGUGGAAGAAUCAUUUCGAUUGCGUUGGCUGAGACUCUGAACAAAAAGAUGAAACAAGAGAUGGAAGGCAGUGAUUUCGAUGUUUCCAGCCUCUACCCACCAUCUAAAAGUAAAAAAGCAGGCCAAGAGUACACGGACGUGCGAAUUGGUCAACUGAUGCAGAGUUCGUCUCUUGAUUUAGAACAUUUAGUCCCGUUGGUGCUUAUCUCGAGCGAUCCGAAUCUGAUCAUGGUGGUGGAGGAGAUUGUUUCUAUGGGUUUUCUCGUGUAUCUUGUACAUCGUGAGACUGCUCCGACGGAACUCGUGAAUGCUGCUACAAGAAGCUGGGUAUUGGAACAUUUAGCCAGCAACACUUGA